AUGAUUUCACUUCUCCGACGAGCCAAACCGGCCACCUCCACGGCUGCCGUCGCGCUUCUCAAACGCCUUGCUCCCGCCGAGAUUACCCCCCCGUCCGUAGCAACUUCAGUCCCCUGCAAACCCUCGGUUUCAGUUCCCUCAACCAGGAACUCUUUGGGGAUUGGGGUUCUCACGCGGCGAUUCAGUGACAAGACGAGCAACGAGUUCGAUCACAUCAGGGCUGACGUCAACUGCCCUCGAUGCUCCUCGCAGAUGCCGGUGCUCUUCUCCAACCGCCCCCUGUCGAUUUCAGGCCGGGAAGCAGGGAUUUUCCAGGCGGUCAAUUUCUGCCCCAACUGCAAAACCGCUUACUAUUUCCGGCCGCUCAAAUUGGAGCCGCUGCAGGGGAGCUUCAUCGAGCUGGGGAAGGUUAAAGGUUUUGAGAAUACUAAUGCUACUAGUAGUCGUAGCAGUUGCAGUAGUGGUGCUGCUAGCAGUGAUAAUGACGAGAACUGUAGGGAUAUUGAGGGGUUUGUUGAGAAAGAUUGUGGCAGGAUUGGCGAUGUGGAGGAAUGCGGUGAUGUGAAGUUGGAAAAGGGGUUGCCAACUCCGAAGGAGAUUUGUAAAGGGCUUGAUUUGUUUGUGAUUGGGCAGGAGAAAGCCAAAAGGGUGCUCUCUGUGGCAGUGUACAAUCACUACAAAAGGAUUUAUCAUUCGACAUGGCAGAAAGAGUCGGGUUUAGAGUUAAACGGAAUGGACGACAUAAUUGAGGAGUCUGAGUUUGUGGAGUUGGAUAAGAGUAAUGUGUUGUUGAUGGGCCCAACUGGCUCAGGGAAGACGUUACUUGCAAAAACUCUAGCUCGCAUCGUGAAUGUGCCAUUUGUUAUUGCUGAUGCUACUACGCUGACACAGGCAGGUUAUGUCGGAGAGGAUGUUGAAUCAGUGCUGUACAAGCUACUAUCGGUAGCGGAAUUCAAUGUGGAAGCAGCUCAGCGAGGGAUUGUAUAUAUUGAUGAAGUUGAUAAAAUAACUAAGAAGUCUGAGAGUUCAACUGUUGGUAGAGAUGUAUCUGGAGAAGGUGUUCAACAGGCCUUGCUAAAGAUGCUCGAAGGAACGGUAGUAAAUGUUCCUGUCCCUGAUAAAGGACCUCGGAAACAUAAUCGCAGCGAUACAAUUCAGAUGGAUACAAAAGACAUUCUAUUUAUAUGUGGUGGUGCAUUUGUGGAUUUGGAGAAAACCAUUUCGGAAAGACGUCAAGAUGCUUCAAUUGGCUUUGGAGCUCCAGUUCGCGAGAACAUGAGGAGAAGUGGGGUGACUAGUGCUUUAGUGACAUCAUCGUUGCUGGAAUCUGUAGAAAGUGGGGAUCUUGUGGCGUAUGGCUUGAUCCCUGAAUUUGUUGGAAGGUUUCCCAUUCUAGUAAGCCUGUCAGCUUUAACUGAGGAUCAACUUGUUCAGGUCCUCAUGGAGCCGAAAAAUGCACUUGGGAAACAAUACAGAAAGAUGUUUAGCAUGAACAAUGUUAAGUUGCAGUUCACCGAGAGUGCACAGAGAUUGAUUGCAAAGAAAGCAAUGACCAAAAAUACAGGUGCCCGAGGUCUAAGAGGCAUCUUGGAAAACAUUCUCACAGAAGCUAUGUUCGAGGUUCCUGAUAACAAGGAAGGCGCGUGUGCUAUUAGCGCAGUUGUGGUCGAUGAAGAGGCCGUCGGAACAGUGGAUGCACCUGGAUGCGGAGCAAAAAUUCUCCGCGAGGAUGGCGACACAUCGGGGAGUAAUGACGACGGAAGAGAUUCGAGAGAGCUUAAGGGGGAACGUGAAGAGCCAUUCGAAGAGUUGUUAGAAGGGGACACAGGACUCGAGCCUAGAGCGAUGCGGCUGUAA